AUGGCCGUCAUGGCUUUCGCUAAUGGUCUCAAGUUAGCUGCCCUCUGUGUGCUGGUCCUGACCAUGGGCCAGAUGAUGGCAGUUACUGAUGCGUCGGCUCGGCUUUUGCAGUUCGCAAAGCAGGAGCGCUCAACCUCUGAAAAUUGUCUCUGCAGCCCUGCUACAUGGUGGUGUUGCCCUCCAGCAAGCGGAGUCGCAAAACCCUCCGAGGAUUGCCUCUGCAGCCCUGCUACAUGGUGGUGUUGCCCUCCAGCAAGCGAAGUCGCAAAACCCUCCGAGGAUUGCCUCUGCAGCCCUGCUACAUGGUGGUGUUGCCCUCCAGCAAGCGGAGUCGCAAAACCCUCUGAGGAUUGCCUCUGCAGCCCUGCUACAUGGUUUUGUUGCCCUGAAGCAAGUGGAGUCGCAAAACCCUCCGAAGAUUGA